GUCGGAACAAGGUUCAUUUCAGUUUUCAUACUAAGUCUGGCUAGUUUUGAAUGGAAAUAGGAAUUUUAUUGGGUUGGAUGCAAAAGAUCCAGAGGAUUGCAACAUUCCUAAGGAAAUUGAACAUGUACUGAGCUUUGUGUGUGAGAACCAGCCAUGCAGGACCAGGUAGCUGUGACAUUGUGAGAACCAGCCAUGCAGGACCAGGUAGCUGUGACAUUACUUGAUAUUGUUACACCUCAUUUUGCACGAUGUAAGGAUGCUCCCGCUGUUGAGUUUGAUGAUGGAGAGGCCAUUAAUGUUUCCACCUACUCACAGCUUCAGAAGUCAACUGAACAGGUUACUGCUGUUCUGAAGAGGAUGGAGGUGAAAGAGGAAAUCGUUGGAAUUUGUAUCCCACCUUCCCACAACCUUCCUGCUGUUCUCCUAGGUGUAAUUGGGAGUGGAGCAGCCUUUUACAACUUCGAGCCAAACUGUGUGAAGUUUGUCAGCCAUGUUGUGAGGGAGAUGGGCAUCCGAGUAGUUUUGGUAGACUCAGAAAACUUACAGAAGAUUGAGUCAGUGUUGCUGGAGUACAGUGCUGUCAGUGUGAAUAAUACAGGGAUACAGGGCAUGGGUGUGAUGCUGGUCUACCUGGAGGGACAGACACAACGUAAACACACAGGGGGUCUAGCCUACUGCAUCACCACCUCCGGGACAACAGGCACGCCAAAGAUUGUACGGGUACCACACCAGUGUAUCCUACCAAAUAUCACACAUCUAAGAGAAUUUUUCAACAUUAAAGACAAUGACCUCAUAUUCUUAAGCUCACCUUUAACCUUUGACCCCAGUAUUGUUGACCUUUUCCUGGCCUUGGGUAGUGGAGCGUGUCUGUUGAUUGUCCCACAUGUGGUGAAGAUGAUGCCAAGGUCUUUACUGAGUAUGCUGUAUCAUCGUCACAAGGUCACCUAUCUACAGGCCACUCCCUCCCUAGUAUCAAGAAUAGGCUCAGAGGUUCUCAAAAACACUCUACUUGGAAGUAUGUCUCAACUCAAAACUCUUGCUUUUGGAGGUGAGAAAUUUCCUUCAAUUUCCUUACUCCAAAAGUGGAGAGCUCCAGAUAAUUCUACAAAGUUCUACAACCUGUAUGGUACCACAGAGGUGUCUUGCUGGUCAACAUGCUAUGAAGUGACCGACAAAGAUUUCAGAAACCUAACAGUUGAUGUGCCUUUUGGUCAGCCACUGAAGGAUACUAGAGUAACAGUUCUGGGCGACGAUGGUCAGGAAGUGUGUGAAGGCAAGGGUCAGCUUUACCUAGGGGGUAUAAAGGGAAGGCAGUGUUACCUGACUGGAGAAGAGACUGACAAAGGACCUCCAGUACUACGGCCAACCGGUGACUUAGUUUCCAUCAACAGCAAAGGCGAGAUAACAUUUCUCCACCGUCUGGAUGACCAGGUCAAACGGAAUGGUCGAAGGAUAAACCUUUGUGAAAUUGAAAAGAUUCUACUGAAGUUGGAUGCUGUAGCUGACUGCAGAGCUAUAUUUCAUCAGAGCAAGCUCAUGGUUUUUGUUGUAUUACAAGUCACCAAAACAAUAGAUUCUCCAAAAUUACAUCUUUGGAUAAAAGAAAGUCUUCCCUCUCAAUACUGGCCAGACAGUGUUGUCAUGGUUACCAAAUUUCCUGUUACCAGACAUGGAAAGCUGGACAAGACAGCAUUACUACAGACAGUUGAUGCGCCUAGGAUUAGGACAGGUACUGUCACAGCUGGGAGUGUAGCUGUGGUUGUGGAGACAAUCUGGAGUGGAAUCCUUCUGACGAGACAUCACCGACCGACCGUGGACUCCAAGUUCAUUACCAGUGGAGGGGACAGUUUGUUAGCUGUUCAGUUUUCAGAGAAAGUGGAGGCAACUUUCAACAAAAGACUUCCAAAACUUUUAGAUAUCAUCUUACAUGAUACAUAUGCCAAUAUCCUCUGCUAUAUAGAGGAGUGCGUCUGUGGUCAGUCGCAGAAGAUACCACAGAAAAACAGUCAAACGGAAAAUGUGUACCUAAAAAGCAUUGUCACAGGAAAAUUUGACACUGAAUCAGUAAUGAAAAAGAUUGGAACAGAAAAUUUAAAUGUAAAUGAUGUUGACAUUGUGAUCGAAGAUUUUAAUGAAAGAAAGAAGCCAUUUGAUGUACCCAUUGAUUCAAAAGGAAAAUCAUUUAACAGGAAAAGGAAGUAUUAUGAUAACAAAGCUGAAAAUCAAAACCUGAAAAAUUUAGGUACUAAAGCUUCAUUUAUGAUAAAGACAAAAACUGACCAUAGGUCAGUUAAUGAUCAUAUAAUUUUGUCAGUUGGAAGAGGAAACAAUGGUAUUAUGAGAGCUAAUUUAAAGGAAGAUGUUGAGAUAGAACAUGAAUCGACCAGCACAUCUGUCUUCCAAACACAAGAUUGUAAUCUGGACAGGAGGGCAACAGACACCUUCUCUAGACCUGGGCCAAGUCGGAGGGGUAUGACCUUGGAUAUUUGUUGGAAAGUCAACACAGGAAAGUGUGUGGAUGCUUCUCCCGUUAUAGCCAGAGAUAGGACAGGAGGACACACUGUAUACAUUGGUUCACAUUCAUACAAGUUUUAUGCCAUUACCAUGGAGACAGGAGAGGUGCAAUGGGAGACAACUCUGGGUGAUCGCAUUGAGUCAUCAGCGUGUAUCAGUACAUGUGGAAAUUAUAUCAUUGUAGGAUGUUAUGAUGGAGCCGUUUAUGUGAUGGAGUGUUUGACUGGAGAAAUUUGGUGGAAGUACAAAACUGGGGCAGAGGUCAAAAGUUCACCUGUUGUUGAUCCUCAAACAUCAAUUGUCUAUGUAGGAUCACACGACAAGCACUUGUAUGCCUUAGAUAUAAAGACGAGAAGCUGUCUGUUUAAGACCUACUUGGGAGGAGGUAGUGUUUUCUCUUCCCCCACCUUGAGUUCCUCACUCAAUGCCGUCUAUGUGGGGACUCUGUCUGGAGCUGUGUCUGCUUUAGACUCUAGUAAUGGAGAGAUCAUGUGGAUGUAUGACUGUGAGAAACCGCUAUUCUCCUCCCCAUCUGUGUCAUCAGAGGGUAUUUAUAUCGGCUGUGUGGAUGGCUGCUUAUAUCAUAUCUCCACAGAUGGCAGGCUGAUUUGGUCGUUUGAGACUGCAGCGCCAGUGUUUUCCUCACCAGUUAUACAUCAACAACUUCAUCAAAAAGAUCUGAAGUGUAUAAAUAAAUCAUUCAAUCAAAUUAUCAUAUUUGGAUCACACGAUAACUACAUAUACGUUUUGUCAUAUGAUGGUAAAUUACUAUGGAAGAGGAAGUUGGAUUCUCCUAUCUACUCUGUGCCAUUUUGUUUUGAUUUGGUGAUUGAUGAACAGUUGUCUGAGUCUGAGCUACAUUUUGAUGAUCAAAGCGACAUUUUAUCAAAAGACAAAUCAGCUGCGGUUAAAGUAGAGGUUGGUGUAUCCAGUACAUUAAAGGCAGACAUACAAGGUACAUGUAUGACAAAACCGAACAUAGACUCUUUCUCACACCAAAGCUCUGCACAGCAACAGUGCUACAACGAAGUCGACACUUCUCAGAAAGACACUCACAGUGAUUGGAAAGCGAGUGAUGAUGACAGUUGUAGUGGACAACGAACCACAACACUUAAUCACAUGGGUAAAGAUAGUCCCAGCGACUUAAAACAGUCUGCUAUGGAAACAUCUGUGAAUCAAACGUAUUCUAGGGUUGAUGAAAAUCUCUCAUGUGAUACCACUGUACAACAGCAAUGUGUCGCAGCACCAGAACAACUUUUCUCAUUAUUUAUGCAUACAGACCAUGCGUUUUGCCAUGGUAACAGAGACAAAUCUACUGAUGACAAUAUACACUCUUCUAAGUCAAGGUCACCACAUCACGUGAUGCCUUUGUGUGUGGUUGCCACGACAACAGGAAGUAUCCAUGUGGUUGACAGAUGUGUAGGGGAGGAGGUUGGUGUGGUUAGGCUCCCAGGUGAGGUGUUCUCAUCUCCUGUUGUUUGUGGAAGGAACAUUGUGGUUGGUUGCCGUGACAAUUACGUUUACUGUCUCAGCAUAACACCAGGAACCUGUUAUAAAGAUAUUAAAAACUACUGACAGAGCAAUUGUUUUACAUUUAUUGUUCUUUUACAAUAGUCCAAAUUGUCAUUCCUAUAUUACUAACAUUUUUAAUGAU